CGCCACCUGAGAUUUGUGAUCUUUUGCUAAAAAUAUUAACUUUAGUUGUAUUUUAUAUCAGUUCUGGGUGAAAUUAACUGCUAAAAUGGCUACAGUAGAAGAAAUAAAGCGUUUUUUUCUCGAUGUCAACAUUAUUCCUACGGCAUCGGUUUUAGACAAAUGUCUGGAACUUUGUCAAAAUUAUAACAUUGAAGCUGAGAAUUUUGUUGACGAGUGGUUUGCAUAUACAACCUCAAAUUUAAAUGGAGCCUUACCUACCAUUGAAGAAUUGGAAAAAAUGGAAAGAAAAGAGAGGAACUCCAAAGUGUUGCCAAGCAUCGUUAAAUUUGGCAACCCUGUUUUUGAUGAACAAAGACGCCUGUUGAAUGCCGCGCACCUGCGCAAACAACUUAAGUUUUCUCAGAAGUUUCAAGGCCAUUUUAUCCUUCGGCGGCCAUUGUUAGAAGUGGUCGAAGAAGCUUGGCUUUGGUUUUGUGUAGUGAUUAACAACGCCAAGCGAAAUCCAGGUCAAAUGAAAACAUACGGUAGAAUAAUCCCGGAUUCGGAUGGAAAAAUAAACGCCCAAUCAAUACUACUAGAAGGCACUCAACAGUUAAAUAUGGCGCAUACGGUAACUUUAAACAUAAACAAAGUGCAAAAGUACGCGCUCUUUCCUGGCCAAGUGGCCGUUGUGGAGGGCAGUAAUGCGCACAAUGGGACAUUUUAUGCGGAAAAAAUGUUUACAGAUGCCUCGCCGAGUUUACCAGUGGAGCCACCAAACAUAACAAAUGGUAAGUAA